AUGGCGCCGCCGUCCCCUUCCUCCGCUCCGGCCAAGAAACGCACCAAGUGGCUGCGAGGCAACAAGAAGGUGAUCGAUAGGCACCUCGGCGAGGCGCGGGCGGCUCUCGCCGCGGCGGCGCAGGACACCGAGGAUGGGGACGACGCGGCUGUGGCGGCGCUCGGCCUGGUGACCGCCGCUCUGGAGAUGUCGCCGCGGGCCGAGGCGGCGCUGGAGCUCCGGGCGCGGGCGCUCCUCGCGCUCAGGCGCUACCGCGACGUCGCCGACAUGCUCCGAGACUACAUCCCCAGCUGCGCCAAGUCGUGCUCGGGCGACGACGCCACCACCACCGCCUCGUCCUGCUCGUCUGGCUCCGGUGCAGAGCUCCUGUCCCCGGACCGCGACCGCUUCGACGCCGGCGCCACCCGCUUCCUCUGCUGCCUCGACGUAUCCGACCUGAAACGCCGCCUCGUCGCCAGCUUCUCCAGGAGCUCUGGCACCGAGGGCUACCAGUGGAGGUACUUGGUCCUGGGCCAAGCCUGCUUCCACCUCGGCUUGAUGGAGGACGCGGUGGUGCUUCUCCAAACCGGCCGCCGUCUGGCCACCGCGGCGUUCCGGCGCGAGAGCGUGUGCCUGUCGGAGGACAGCUUCUCGCCGUCGAACCUGCUGACAGCCAACAACGCCGCGCCCGCCAGCAGAAGGACGUCGUCCUCCAAUAAGUCCAGCUCUACAACAGCGUCCGAGGCGGAGUCCGUGUCGCAGCUGCUCGCGCACGUGAAGCUCCUCCUCCGCCGCCGCGCCGCGGCGGUGGCGGCGCUGGACGCCAGCCUCCCCGGCGAGGCCGUGCGGCAUUUCAACAAGGUGCUCGACACGCGCCGCAGCGUGCUGCCACACCCCUUCGCCACGGCCUGCCUCGUGGGCCGCGCCGCCGCGUUCCGCUCUGCGGGGCGCCCCGCGGACGCCAUCGCGGACUGCAACCGCGCGCUGGCGCUCGACCCGGCCUUCAUCCCGGCGCUGCGCGCGCGCGCCGACCUGCUGGAGUCGGUCGGGGCGCUCCCGGACUGCCUCCGGGACCUCGACCACCUCAAGCUCCUGUACGACGCCGCGCUCCGGGACGGCAAGCUGCCGGGCCCGAGCUGGCGGCCGCAGGGCGGCAUCCGGUUCGGGGAGAUCGGCGGCGCGCACCGCACGCUCACCGCGCGUAUCCAGCAGCUCCGCGGCCGCGUCGCAGCCGGCGAGGGGUGCGGCGUGGACUACUACGCCCUCCUCGGGGUGCGGCCCGGGUGCACGCGCUCGGAGCUGGAGCGCGCGCACCUGGUGCUGACGCUGAAGCUGAAGCCCGACCGGUCGGUGUCGUUCGCGGAGAAGCUGGAGCUCGUGGACGAGCACCGCGACCUGGAGGCCGUGCGCGACCAGGCGCGCAUGUCGGCGCUGUUCCUGUACCGGAUGCUGCAGAAGGGCUAUUCGUUCAUCAUGUCGGCUGUGCUGGACGAGGAGGCUGCGGAGAGGCAGAGGGCCAAGGACGCCGCCGCGGCUGCUGCUUUGGCUGCCAUGGCAGAGUCCGAACCAAAGCAGCAAGAAGAAGAAGAAGAAGUGGCGACAAUGCCAGAGAAGCCGGUGCCGGUGCCGGAGAGUGUUCCCCUCGCCAUUGCAAACGGUGGCAACGUUCUGGUCACCACCAAGCCGGAAGCGAUGGCGCCGGUGAUUCCAAUGCCCAGGACAGUGGUGACUGCAGCGACGCCAUUGAGCCCACCGUUCCAGGGCGUGUUCUGCCGCGACAUGGCGGUGGUCGGCACCCUGCUGUCCCGUGGCGGGUUCGACCGGCCGAUUCCGGUGAAGUGCGAGGCAAUGAGCUGCUGA